CGGAGGCUAUGAGAAUGUGCAAUACAGAGUUUCUUAUAUCCUUUUUUCAGUACAACCUCGGCAAUCUGAUGAAGAAUUUCUUUAAUUUUCACCAACUGUAUAAACACACCUGAGCAAAAAGUACUAAAAAUGUUUAAAAACGGAUUGAAUUUGUGUAAUCUGGAGUUCACUUGACUCCUUUUUAUGAGCAAAAAGAAAAGAAAAACGGUCUAUUUUGUGACUUCUGCACAAUUAUUGCUACUUUAUAUUACUAUUAAUUUGCCAAGGGUGCAACAUGGUUCGUUCAUGACUGCUCAUAAACAGCAUUUUACAGAUAUUUCUGCACCUUUUUUCCCCCUGUGUUAUCUGGUUCACUUGUCUUUGUAAACCUGCUCUGUGAAACACCCUCCGUCAAUGAAAAGCAUUAUUUCCCAUCAUUCACAGCUGUUUUACUGAGGUUUACUGCAAGUAUACAGGUGUCAUAUCGCUGUAUUUCUUGAGUUUGCGCUGCGUUCCGUCUCCUCUUGCGGUUAAAUUAUGUUUCCAAAGCGAGAGGCCGCGGGCCGCAGCUGUCUGCAGUUUACAGUCACAUAAACUGCAGUCACUUCCAUAACGAAGCCUUUAAUAUAAUAGAAUGGAUUUACAGUUAUAAUGUGCCAGUUAUUUUUAUACAGUGUAUAUUGUUAUCUAGUUUAUUACCAACAUGAUAGUUUUAUUGUAGAGAAUAAUAUAUUUUAUUCAUGUGCCAAAUGCUGAACCCGGUAUACUGUGAAAGUGUGUUCAGAGAAAGAACAUGCUGACAACGUUUCAUCGUCUAAACCAUGACACAGCAGAUUAUUGUCAUGAUGCAUAUUGUGUGUUAUAAACCUGUUUAUUAGAAUGUGAAUGAUUAUUAUAUCCAUGUGGCUCAAAGUAGGGUUGCAACUGAUUAUCGAUUUAUAUCUCCUUUUUGUUCUUAAGUUAUAAAAUCGAUGAAAUGUUUGUUCCACUAAACAAAGUAUUCAGUUUACUCUAAUGAAGGAACAAAGCAAAUAACAAUAAAGUUGUUGAAAGUAGCAAAAACAAACCACUCAAACUGACUGAUUGUAGUUGUAGGGCCAGUGUGUAUAUGUACAGUAUAUAUACAUUUAUGUCCUACAGCAGGAUUAUUAUUAUCAGUAUUGCGUUUACAUCAGAAGCAGUUUUCAGUCUGUGAUUCUUCUUCUAACACAGCUUUCCUGCACUUUUGCCUCCUUACCUUCGCUAGGCUAAUUAAUCAAAAGCUAAAACUGUGGGCUCACAAGAAAAGAAAGAAAACAGACCUUAUGGUAAACAGGAAAGUCACAAGUGUAAAUGAUCGUAUUAAUGACGGUCACGAAAAGAAAGAAGACAAAUAUCCCUCUGCUCUGUUUCAUUUAUGUUCUCUUCUAUUCAGGAAUCCACUCUUUGUCGCAGCUUCUGACAACAUACCAUUUGUAGUGACUGCAUUCAUUUUAAGUGUUAAGAAUGUUGGUUUUAAAUCAAUUUCCAGUGUAUCCAGGGUUUUUACUUGUCACUUUGGUGCCUUUUUGCGACUGUGUUUGUUGAUCAACCUGCUCUUCUCAACACUUUCAAACAUUUUCCUUCAUUGUAUCAUCACUAGUGAUGUGAAUCUAAAUGUCUUACCAUAAUGAUUGUAUUAUAAUACUGAUGGAUUAUGCAGUAUAUCCCAACCUUUACUGUGUGUUCCCAACAGUAAAUAUUAUUGUUCUUGGCAAUACAUGUAUUUCAAGGUCUUGUGUGUACAUGCACAUGUAUGUGUUUAUGUGUGUGUGUGUGUGUGUGUGUGUGUGUGUGUGGUUCUAAAUAAUUAACCAUGUUUUUGACCGUGCCCAAUGUUGUGUGGGGAUUUCAAAACUCAUUAAAAAUGGCAAAUGGGAACUUGAAAGCAUCUGAGUGGUUGUUUUUGUUCCUCCCUCUCUUGUUCGUGUGUUUUUCUGUCCUUUCGGUAAAAUGGAUCAUGCUGGGACAAACCAUAGGGGGCAGGUGUCGAGUGGAGGGAUCGGACAGGGAAGUCAUUGUUCCACUUUUGGCUGAUGAUUUGUGUAGGUAUUCAACUAUCCAUCCCUCACUCUUUCUCUCUUUUUUUCAGGCAGUUGCUCAUAUUAUGAGGAUUCAUCAAGUUUUAGAGAGACUCCAACAGAGCCCUGCACAGGAACUCCCACGUGACUGGACUGUUAUGUAAGUAGCCACCCACCACUCAGUUGUUCUCUCCAUGCCUCCAUUCACUCAGACCCAGUGAAGGCAUAAUCCACUUCCAAGCACCAUCCAAGUGAAGCAUACACCAGUGGAGUGUGCGCAAGUGUGUGGAGCAAGUGCAGAGAAGUUUCCGUCAUGGGAGCGCAUGGAUGGAGCGCGACGCGUCUCGGGUUCAUGGUUUGUGGAUAUCUUGCGCUUUUCUGCGCGGAAAUUGUCGAAGCGGGCUGCGGGGAGAGGGAGAGGGAGAACUGCUGCACCGGCCGGAAUAACGAGUGCUUUGAGUACAGCGAGAGAAAGACAGUGUGCUACUGUGACACCUACUGUCAGAAAACCAGAGACUGCUGCGAGGACUAUCAGCGUGUGUGCCAAAUAUCUGCAGCCAUCGACUGUGUGGUUGGAUCCUGGGGCCCUUGGUCGUCCUGUUCAGCUCCAUGUGGAGUUGGCAGCAAAGAAAGGAGUCGUCAAGUGUCUGUUCCCCCAAGAAACGGCGGCACACCCUGUCUAGACCUGAAACAGCGGCGAGGAUGCUUUGGAAACAAUGUCAUAUGCAGCACUGCGAAAGAGGUGGCAAAGAUCCUACCUGAUUCUUUCAAGAGGAACUUCAAAGACCCCUGGAGACGACCACACAUGCUGAUGAAGGAGGAGAAGGCCAGUUACUGUGUGUACCUGCGGCUGAAACAGGCCAGUGCAGCAUGCAAACUCAAACUGUGGAGUGCUCAGCUGGUCAGAGAGCGGCUGAUCUGUGCUGAAUGUCAAGGUGACGCCAUGUCAAAGUCAGACCGCUGUGGAGGUGAAGGCCUGGAAGACACCAGAACGUUCUGGACGGCAGCUUCAGUCCCAGGCUGUCAUGGUUCCUGGGUACGGGAGUCGUCUUCAGAGAGCUGCCGCUGUCCUCCCUACUCUUUGCUCUUUGUGUGAGCAGACAUGCAAACCUUAGACAGCCAUAUGGAGGGACAACAAUGUCCCUCACUGUCUCCUGUUCAUUGUGGAGAGACCUGCCAGCAAAGCCAGAUCCAUCCGAUCCAGAUUUCUCGCUGAUAACUUCAGGAGAUCAGCAGCAUCCUGCCACUUUUCUUUCACCUCAUACUCUGUACUGUAUGAACAGUUUCUAAGCACACAGAUCGUCUCGUAUUUAACUUCAAAUUUUACAACUACAUUAUACUUUUUCUCCUAUUAAAGCACAACAACAUAUCUAUCUAUAUACCCCUUUACCUCUCAAUCUUUGCUAUCUACCUCCACCAAUGCAAAUGCAUAAUGUAUAAAUAUAUUGUUUUGCUUUAUACAUUUUCUACUUUUAAUUGUUUAUGUGGAAUGUACAUGUGUCUAUAAAGCUAAUAAGCUUGUUGUAUCCACCAGCUAAACAGUUUUAAGCCUCAGUCCUGAAUCACCUGCAGGCCAGUGAUGCUGAAAACGUCAUCAUCUUAAUUGCAUCUCACUGCUGCUAAUUAUUGGGUCGCUAUAUCAGUGUUGUGUACCUCUGGCAGUUUGCUUUCUUUUACGAUUUCUUUUCAGAUACGAUUUUUUUUUUGCAUAAUUUAAAGUGACUCAUAGCUGAAAUCAGUCCCAUCUGUUUAAAACUAUUAUUGCUGGGGAUUGAAGAGAACUUCUCUGUGGUUGUGUCUGCCCUCUGUGUUCUUGGAGGAAUCGCUUCAUUAACUAUGUUUUCUCUGACUCCCUGUGGCUCAGAAAUCGUAUCAAACUCAUGAGGGAGUUCAUUUCAACAGAGCAUCAUCCAACUGAACAACAAUCACAUACAGCUGUGUUACUCCCUUUAUUAAUUAAAGUUUCCCCCCUGCACACAUCGCAGCUCCUUGACCGGCACUUCUUUUUCUUGCCAGCUCUUGUUGUCUCUACUCGACUUGAGGUUUUCCUUCACGUUACCUGUAGAUUUACACACAUUCCCACAUGCUGCUGGUUCGAGACGAGGACUAUUAUGUAGUGCCAGGAAAAAAAAAAGCUUUACUCUUAGUGGAAAGCAGUGACUUUCUCUCCCAUGUCUGUUUUUUGUGUGUUUAUUUAUUUUAAAUCAGCGAUGAUUUCAUUAGUGCAGCACAACAUAAACUGUACACUGUCCAUUAGUGCAAAUAAACGUCUAUACUGUAAA